CGCAUCAGAAUGCCUAUACUCAAAAUUCCUGUCAAACAUUAUUUAGGAAUAGUUUCUCAGUCUCAACAAUCGGAUUUUAAAAAACGUUUCAGAAAAAGGGCCGAAGAAACUGAUUCUGCAAGAACCUCAACUGUCAGAAGAAACCCCUUUGAAACAACAGAGGGGUUCCUUGAAAAAUACAAUCAGGCACAAGGCUCCAAGGAGCAGGAAAAAUAUGAAAAUCUCGCAGAUGUGUUUCUUAUUCGAUGCAAGCGUCUUGCUGGAUUCAUAUCUUCUGGUGAAGGCAAACACGUUGAUCUCCCCGGGGCCUGGACACGGCUUCUUCUGCUGAGCUUGUGCAAUGGAAAAGUUAAAAAUGAUUCACUGGAUGUCCUGGUCAUGUCAUUGGACCAUGCACCCAUCCAUGCAGAUCAGAUCCCUGUGCUGUUCCACCUGGCAGAGUCAAUCCAGUGUUUCCUGUGCUCUGACACAACUCUAUCGGACCCUCCAAGUUCUUAUAAGAUGAAGAUGCUGCAGCUUGGAUAUUUGGUCUCUCUGAGGCUGUUCAUCUUUCAACUGACUGGUAAAUUAAAUGGGCAUCAGCUAAGCAGCAUCUAUCUUCACAGCUUGAAAGGGCUGUUGAAGUGUGAAACACGCUUCCAAGAGUUCCCGGACUUGUUAUUUUCUAUUCACUUCAUGAUGCACGUCGGGGGGGUUCUGUCUGGUCUCAAACUUACCGAGGACACUUCAGUGCAGGUCUCCAUGGAAGCACAGGAGCAUGGUGUUAACCAGGUCCUAAGGCAGUGCCUUUUCAGCUAUCACUGUGUGCAAAACAAUAGCACUCAGCUCUCUCAAGUGAUCAAACAGCUUAUGUUGCUGAGAGAUAAACUUCAACAAGACAACUGGGUCGACUGUGGGUUAGGACUGAUGGUUCUGGGAGAGGUUGCCAAAUCUAGCAUGCUGUGCCUUCAGACCCUCAUGAGCCUUCACAUGGUCCAAACACAAGAAAGCACUCAGGAAAUGGCAUCACAGAAAGCAUCCUGGCCAUGGCAGUUGGAGCAUAUAUACUGCUCCAUUUUGAUUGACAUUUGCCUGAACAGCUGCUGUGCUGGAAUUAGGAAAACAGCCCUCAUUGGGCAGUCAAACUCUUUUCCAUGCAGAUGUUCUGGAGGACUUUUAACUUUGCUAAAACAAUCGCAUGAAGACAAAUGGAGGCUGCGGUACAGUGUGGUUCUGGGUUUGGCACAGAUCAGUCGGAAGAUCACGCUUUCCGAGAGUCUGAGGAACACGGCCUGGAUAACACUUCAGAAACACCUGAACCGGGAGACAGACCCCCGCAUAAUCAAUGCUGUGAGGAUCUUUGAGGGGGAUAAAAGGCUUCUGGAGAACCACAGAGGGAGGAUGAGAAGUUCACACACAGUUUAUGUGUGUGUAUGUGCACAGAGCGAGUGGAUCACUAGGCGGCUGGCACACACUCUUUCCAAGAUCUGGCCUCCAGUUCAGCUCACUACUCAUUCUGCAAACCACCGACACAGAAUGAAAACCACCAAACCCAGCAAAGAGGCAGUUUCCACAGCCAGGACUGAGCCACCUCAGACUGUUAUUAAAGACGCUCACAAGGCACCAAGACAAGGCAAACAUGGACCUUCUCACAUGGACCUGAGAACCAGGACUGAAAUUGAUCUGAUUAAAGUUGUGAAAGAUCAAUGGCAAAAGGAAUUGAAAAUAAUGAUGGAAAGAGAGGAAGAAAUUGAAAAGACAGUGCUGGAAAAAAGAAAGCAAGAGGACGAGGACGAGGAGGCGAUCAUGAAGAAACGCAUGGAAAAGGUCAAAAAGAACACAAGUUACCAUGAGUCAACACAUGAUUCUAACUUUAAGUCUAUAAAUCACUGA